AGUGUCCCCCAAAUCCAAACAGCUGUCCAUGCUAGCACAAAGCAAGCCGCACUUCAACCCCUGUGGUCCGACUCCGACGAGAUCUUUAAAGCCCUCCCCCGUAUGCCAUCCUCCUUCAACGAAGAGUUCAAACCACCAUAAUGGCCCCUCUAACGUUGAAUUAUACUGACCUUACUCGUUGGCGCCUUCAAGUGAAGGAUGGCAGGCAAGUAUGGCAAUAUCUUACCGAGGAACAAGCCAAACAAUGGCCCCAGACAGCUGUGGAUAAAUAUUGGUUGGAUCUGGAUAUGGACACCUCUCCCAUAACACCACCACCCGCCACUCCCCUAGCCGCCGCGCGUGCUGGUCUUAAGUUUUACAAGCAACUGCAGUGCUCCGAUGGCCACUUCGCCGGUGCGUACGGCGGACCCCAGUUUCUGACACCUGGAUACGUUAUCACGAUGUACAUCAGCGGAGAGGUGAUUGACGAAGCGCGGAGAGUGGAAAUGAUCAGAUACCUGUUGGGAACAGCGAAAGAAGAUGGAGGAUGGGGAAUACAUGUGGAGGGCCGAUCAACAGUUUUCGGAACGGCAUUGAAUUAUGUUACGUGUCGAAUAUUGGGUGUGGAAAGAGACCAUCCAGCCAUGAUCAAAGCUCGCGGGACUCUUCACAGACUUGGCUCAGCAACGGCGAUACCAGCGUGGGGAAAGUUUUGGCUCUCAGUCCUAGGCGUCUACUCAUAUGAAGGGAUGAACCCAGUACCCCCGGAGCUCUGGCUCCUCCCAUAUGCUCUCCCCAUCCACCCUGGAAAAUGGUGGAUUCACACACGGAUGGUCUACCUUCCAAUGGGAUUCAUCUAUGGACAACGUCUCGUCUGCCGCGAAACGAAUUUGAUCAGAGAGUUGAGGGAAGAACUGUAUACACAGCCUUACGAAAGUAUAAAGUGGAGUAAGAUGUGUAACAAUGUCGCGGAGAGCGACAUAUAUUAUCCACACACGAGGCUUUUGGACGGCUUGAAUGGCAUUUGCUGGUUAUACGAAAAGCUUGGCCCAUCCCGGCUCCGAAAAUGGGCCAUCGAAGAAUGCUGGUUGCAGCUGCAAAUGGAGGAUGAGAACACAAAAUUCGGAAACCUGGCCUCAGUGAAUCACCCCCUCAACAUGCUCUGCACCUUUUUCCGACUUGGGCAGGACUCGGAAGAGUUUAAAAAACAUAAGGAGCACUGCUUGGACUACCUAUGGAUGUCCGAAUCCGGCAUGCAUUUCAACGGUACCGAUGGCAGUCAAGUAUGGGACACCUCGUUCCUAAGCCAAGCUGUUUGCGAGGCCGGUCUGGCUGAAGAGCCGGAAUUUCAGACGACAAUGCAGCGCGCUCUUGAUUUUCUCGAUUCCCAGCAAAUCCGGACGGAUCCCAUCAACCGAAAGCGAUGUUAUCGUGAUGCCACGAAAGGUGCAUGGCCGUUCAGUAGAAGAGACCAAGGCUAUACCGUAUCUGACUGCACAGCCGAGGGGAUGAAAUCUGUUCUCUAUUUGCAGGACUUGGAGUACACAACGAAAAAUGUCGGACAGGAGAGAUUUAGAGAUGCCGUGGAUGUGCUUUUAAGGAUGCAAAAUACGGAUGGUGGCUUUGCUUCCUACGAGCUCACAAGGGGUCCCAAAAUUUUGGAAUGGAUCAACCCUGCCGAAGUGUUUGGUGACAUCAUGGUGGAGUACAGCUAUCCCGAAUGCACAACAGCGGUCAUGCUCGGUCUUCUUGCAUUUCAAAAGCGGGAUCCAGCAUACCGCUCUGCCGAAAUUCAAUCAGCUCUCAAUAGGGGAUUGGGCUAUAUCAAGAAAUCCCAGAAAGAAGAUGGGAGCUGGUUUGGAUCUUGGGCCAUCUGCUUUACUUACGGUACUUGGUUCGGCCUUGAAGCUUUGAGUCACAUGGGUGAAACGUACAAGAACAGCGAACGGGCACAGCGGGCAUGUCACUUUCUGCUGGACCAUCAAAUGGCAGACGGCGGAUGGGGCGAAGCUUACAAGUCAUGCGAGACGAAUGUUUAUCACCAUCAUGAGAAGUCCCAAGUGGUCAACACUGCGUGGGCAUGCAUGGGGCUCAUGGCCGCAGGAUAUCCUGAUCCGACGCCGAUCAAGCGUGGUAUCAGACUAAUCAUGUCAAGACAAAAACCUGAUGGGCGGUGGGAGCAAGAAGGAAUUGAAGGAGUUUUCAACCGGAAUGCGAUGAUCGCCUAUCCUAAUUACAAGUUUAUCUUUUCAAUAUGGGCUUUGGGAAGAUUUACCAAGAUAUGGGGAAAUGAGAUUUGAUUGCUUCUGGGGCAGGCGAGGGAUAUGCCAUGUGUGUAAUAUAAAUGAGUACUUUGAACAAUAAAUAUCUUUAGGACAGUCGCAGACGGGCGACACAGCGCUUACGUUAAUAACAUC